AUGACUUGGCUAGAAGCCUUACCAGUAGUGUUGUUAGGAAUUAGAAGUGCUGUUAAAGAAAAUAUACAAUAUUCUCCUGCUGAACUUUUGUACGGAACAACAUUAACUCUACCUGCUCAAAUGUUCGAAGAAACUAAUUCUUUCAAUGGAGAUGUUAAUGAUUAUGUAACUCGUCUUAAGAGAUUUCUUACAGAUAUUCCUUCUUUUACAAGAAAAUUGCAAAAUGUUAAAAGCUUCGUUUCUUCUGAUAUAAAAUCUUGGACACAUGUAUUUGUACGUAACGAUGCUGCUCAUAAUUCACUGAAAUAUAAAUACACCGGACCUUUUAAAGUCUUGUCAGUUAGAGACAAAACUAUGACUUUGGAAAUGAAUGGAAAAAAAGAAAUUGUCAGUGUCGACAGAGUAAAAAAAAGCUUAUUUCGACCAACAUUCAUGUCAUGA